GGCGGGCAAGCGGGAGUGGGGGGCCAGUGGCUGAGGCGGGCGCUCUCUUAUAUAGAGGCGCGACGCGGACGCGAGCGCGCCUGUCACGUGCGCGAGACGCGUUGAAUGCGAUUCAACAAACUUGUGCACGUGAGCGUGGCCCGCGCUUGUAUAUAACCGGCCUCCGAGCACUCGAGGUGCCCCCACUCGUCUCUCUCUGCACUCCGCCUCUGCCUCGUCGACGCAAGGCCCCUCUCGCAAAUCUUACGAACACUUCGUUCUCAACAACCUCUCUAACAAAUCAACAUGUCUGGCCGUGGAAAGGGUGGCAAGGGUCUUGGAAAGGGUGGUGCGAAGCGUCACCGCAAGAUUCUCCGUGAUAACAUUCAAGGUAUCACGAAGCCUGCGAUCCGUCGUCUUGCACGGCGAGGCGGUGUGAAGCGUAUCUCCGGUCUCAUCUACGAGGAGACGCGCGGGGUGCUGAAGAUCUUCCUGGAGAAUGUCAUCCGGGACUCUGUGACGUACACGGAGCACGCAAAGCGGAAGACGGUGACGGCGCUGGAUGUGGUGUACGCGCUGAAGCGGUCGGGGCGCACGUUGUACGGGUUCGGGGCAUGAGGGGUUGGUUGUGGCGGACGCUAGACUCGGUUCAUACUCGGUGUAUCACUAUCUACUGUACAACAGUAUUCGCAUUCCGUGCAUCUCGCCCAGCGUGUCGUCGCAGCCCUCCCGCUCCGAGGCCCCGCCGUGAGUGCGAGAAGGAUGCGCGGACCGCUCCGGGGCUUCGUGGCUGGCAGCGGAGGCGAGUGCCUCGGUUGCCGGCUGGGAAGGAUGCCCGCCUCGCCCUCCGUGAUUUCUCCGCCCCGUCGCGUAUAAAGUCGCCCUGCCGCCUCCGACCGCCGCAUCCACCCCGCG